CACACCACCUUCAAUUCAGAAAAAAAAAACUCUCUCGCUCUCUCUCUCUCUCCUCUCUUCCGUGUGCUGCCCACACACACACAGAGAACUUCCUUCAAUGGCGACCGAUCCGAUCGCCGACCUCUCUCGCACCAGGCGCGUCGUCCUCCUCAUCGACCUCGACCCGCUCCUCCGUCCCCAACCCCCGUCGCCGCCGCCGCCGUCCCCUUACCUCUCUUCCCUCCUCGCCGCCGCCGGGACCCUCCUCUCCCUCCCUCCCCUCUCCUCCUCCUCCUCCCUCUCCUCCUUCAAGUUCUUCUUCUCCUCCCUCUCCCCGAUCCUGUCCUCCUCCAGGAUCCCCGAUUCCCCUCUCCACCUGUCCUUCGACGGCCCCGCGGCCACCCUCCGAUCCCUGGCCGGCUCCCUCGGCUCCCUCUCGAGCGGUCUCGCGGGCUCGGCGGCGUCGAGUUCCGUGCCGCGGGCGGUGAACGUUGCGGCCUCGAUGCGCCAGCUCCUGCACGACUACGCCUGGGACAUCGUGGCCGACGAGGAAGGUUCGGGUACGGCUCCGUGUAGUGAUUUUGCUGUUAGAUCUACUUUGGUCGUUAUGCUCUCGCCCUUGUGUAGAGAUAGGAAAUCGGGCUGUGAAUUCUUGGGAGCGGAGACGGAAGGUGAGGCGACGAGCAAUGCCGAAUGGUUUUGCGAUAAAUUUCGUGGGGUUUUUAAGAACGUCAACGAUGCAUUUGUCAGUAAAGAUAUUCAUUUCAGCUGGGUUGAUGUGAACUGCGAAUUGGAAUGUGAAAUGAAAGAGGUUGGGGACGAAGAAUCGGAAUGGUUUGCGGAUUUCCGGGAUGCAAUCAGGAGAAUAGGAUGGGGGUUUUGUUCGACUAGAUCAAUUGUGUUGGGUUCUGCUCUUGUGCCCUUUGGAUUGAUAUAUCCCAGAAUUGCCAUUCUGUCGAGAUAUUUCGACAUUCGAAAUCAUGUUAACGGGACUCGUGCCACUUUGGGCCUUGAGAUUUUAGAUGUGAAAGGAAAGCCAUUGGAAUGCAAAUGCUGCGAGCUAGAAUUGGUUAAGUUGAAAACGGUGCAUAGGUACGAAGGCAAAGAAAUGUUGCUAAGUCCAGCAUCUAAAAGUUUGAGAGCUGGGCUUCAUGAAGGAAAGAGCACGUAUAUGGAACAGUUCAUUGAUGGUGUCACAAUGAUAAAUGUCAAGACAGUUCAGAAGCAGGAUAAGUUUGCUCAGUUUGGCGGGCAAUUUUCUGAACCAAUUCUUGUACGUGAAUACUCGGGAAAACGUAGGAUAGAUCAGACUUCUGGUAGCAGCAGUGACUUUUUGGGAGAUAAGGUGCUUAAAAUACUAGCAAAAGAGUCAGGCGAGCAAGUGAGAAGAAACCCUCCUAUAUGGCAAAUUUUAUUGAGCUUUAUGUGCAGGGAAGGUUUUUGGGCUUCAUUGUCACUUAAAAAUGGGAAUGGAGAUUCGCGUAUUGGUAUCCUUAAACCGUUCACUGUAUCUUCUGCUCUAUUGUUUCUUCCAAAGAUUGCUUCUUCCCCGAACAUGGAAGCAGUUAAUCCAUUGCAGUUUGCUGGUAAGCAGGAUAGCAAGAUGCUUAGGUCCAGUCCAGAUAUGCUAGACACAAAUGGGUCUAAUGACUUUCAGUGUGGAUCUUUGUCCACUAAGAAGGACAUCAAACUUGGCGAUAGUAAAAGGAAAAAGAACAGAGAGAACUUGCAUUUCCUUCAGAACCUUACAUGGCCUGCCUUCUACAAAAGUGCAUCUGAAGGUUUAGAAUUGAAAUUGGAGGAUUUAUAUUUUUCCAGGGAAAUUGAUAAGUCCAAGAAGUUAAAAUUUUUGAAAUGUUGGAUGAAACAGGUUCAAAGAGCUAUCCAGCUUGGCCUUUUCUCAGAUGGAUCCGAGCACCAAGUUCACAUGCUAGUAGAAAUGGAGAGCAGACAAGCAGACACUCCAGAAGUGAAUGAACAGCCAAUCUCUGCAUGUGCCUCUUGCGUAGAGGAUUCUUUGACUGCAGUUUCUAGGGUACAAGAUGAAGUUGCAUGUGGAAAUGAUAUGGGAAGUCCAGAAGAUUUCCUCAGUAGCGUACCCAGUAAGAUCCGUCAAGGAAUUGAAUCUGAGGGGGUAGACUUGGGGGCUUUGGCAGAACGGCUUGUGAAAUCCUGCACAUUAUAUAUAUACCAGAAUUUUGAAUCCGAAAUGGCUGCAGCGAAUCAGUCCCCUUCAGUGAAUGCAGAUGAUGCUUGUUGUGGCAGGGUUGCUGCUGAGUUGAUGAAACUUGUACUUUUGGAUCCGAAGGACUUCACUGAAAAGAACAAAAUGAGGGAUCAAUCCUGUCCAAAGUCAGAUUCAACUGCUUCGGCGUGUGUAAUUAGAGAAUACGAAUUGCAGAUAUUUUUUAGGAUGGAAAUACUGCGCUUGCAAAUAGCUACCACAUUUAAGGAGUCGGUGAAGCUAAGGUUUGUGAAGCAAAUAUGCCUGUUUCUGGAGUGCAUCCAAUGUCAAAUGGAGGGCGGCUUUUUUGGUGAUUGGAGCCUUCAUAAUUAUGUGGGAAAGAUCAUAAAGAGCAGAUAUUUUUCUGAUCUAGAGGAGGUGGUCCAGCGCAUCUAUUCCAAAAUGGAUUUGCUGUUAUUCCAUGACAAGGAAGAUGAGUUGCCCAAUCUGCAACUCAAUAGUCAAGACAGCAGUAAAUCCGGGAGAGGUAACACAGAUGAAGAUAAAAUGGACAAAAACAUCGGGAUUGAUAAAUCGGUUUCAGCUGAAAAUGAAUUAGAUGAACAAUGGCAAGGCAAGGAUGCCAGAGCGAAUCGUGAGGAGCAUCUCCGCAGAUUAAAUGAAGCUCAGGAAAGAAGAGAGAGGGCUCGGAGAUUCGCAUCAUUCACAAGUUGGGUACCCGAUCUGCAAAGGGUCUGGGCUCCAAAGCAGCUCACGGGAACGAAGAACAAGUCCGAUCCUCGGAGAAAGCUACCGAAGAAGAAAGAUCGAACCAGGACAACCUGCGACAUGGUUUUCGAGACUCCGAUGACUGACAAUAAACGCUCCUGCCUGCGAGCCAACAGUGGCAAGAAUAAGCUGGAUCCUUCAUUACCUUUGUGUGGUUCUGUUUCGAAGGCUCUAUUUUCUGAUGACAACUGACACAAGCCAUUGCAAAAAUUUCUUGGCUGGCCUGACUAAAACAGCUUCCUAAUUCCUCAUUCACAGUCAACAUAGAGCACAGGCAGCUGUGACCCUGAAGACGUGUACAUCGCGACCGAUCUUCUUACCAUCUUCUGUACAAUGACUUGUUUCGAAAGCUGAUUCAACUAAUCAUAUUGCCGAGCUUUGGUACCAACGAUCUUGUAGUUCUAGGGGAACAUGACUGCUGAACUUGUACAUUGUGAUUGAUUUUCUAUGUUUAUUGAACAUAAAUGACUCGCACAAGAUAUAUUUGUUGAUUU